AUGUUAUCAUCUGUCAGGAACUACAUGAACUUCAUCUGGAUUCUUGUAACUCUUGGAGUAGUCUUCUGCCAGACAGCACUCACCCCCAAAUCGAUUCUUGUGAAGAAAGUCAACGACCUAGUCACCAGUUUCCUCACCGAGCCACAGAUUUCGAGGACGAUCGACAUCAUAGCAUUGGAUAUUCAUCUCAAUAAGCGCCCCGAAGAAAUAAUGAACGAUCUACACGAUUACUUGCUGAGCGCUCUGAGUCCUGAACAACUGAAAACCUUUAAUGAAAGAAUCUUGAGACGAAGGAGCGCAAACGUAUCUGAUCGGAUCAAGAAGGUUGUUGUCUACGCUGUAAACCCCGCCGUUGAACUGGUAACAUACAACUGCUGGCAUAGAUUUUGUUCUUCGAUCAAUCUCUUCACUAAUUGGGCGCUUGAGGUACGAGCGAAUGGUGAAACACCAGAGCUGGCCUACAUGACGAUGUCUCGACAACUAACCCCGGAUUUCGUACAUGGAGUCAUCAGUCUAGUUAGGGACACGCUGACGCCUACAGAGUGGAAAAGUGUGAAGCAACAUUUCGCGCCGAUGCUAAAUCAUGUAUGUUUUGGCAGACGUUACUGUUAA